UGUGAAGUUAGAUGCUAUCCAUUGUUGAAGAAGAGCCCACUAUAGCUGAAGAAGAGAAGCAACUAUCCCCUUCGGGUCUGAAUCAGGACAUUAAGCACUUAUUUAGUAAGGAGGCUAGAAAGAGACGCUUUGUGAACUCCAUAAAGAAGAAAUUUGGAGUCAAUACAAAUGCCAAGUCUAUAUUUGAGAUGGGCAAAACUGAGUCCUCCGGACUUAAAGCAAAAGGGCCCAAGAGCAUCCCACUCAAGAUUAAUCUCAAGAACUUGAAUAAUAGCUUCGAGAUCAUGGCCAAGAAGGAUACCAUCUUGAAGAAGAACUCAGCUUUUUGAGGUAAUAGGUCCAGAGCACUGUCUCCAGUCCAGACAAACAAAUUUUUUAAGAAGAGGAAGGCAAUGAAGAAUAUGCGUCACUGAAAGUCACCCCAACCUGAAGGAUUAGCGGAUAUUCACCGUAAAAAUACCUUCAUAACUAAAAAUGAGCGAAGCAAGAAGAUACCAACCAAAUCAAUUGGGAAGGUUAAUUUCUCAGAGAAAUGAGUCCCACCUCUUAAGAUGUCUUAUGACACUGAUAAGUCUAUGAGCACAAAGGAUAUGUCAGAAGCUUCUCCUACUUAUAAGCAAGAGCGCAGAAUUCGUAAUAAGAAUCUUUCACAGAACUUCAUGAAAAGUUUAGCGUAUCUUGAGCCUCUGAAGAAGCUUAAAAAGAGUUACUCACCGACAAAAUCAAGGGAGAUCCCUUUGGAGGAUAUUUCCAGUCCUUCUAAAAAGAGAAAGUUCAAGAGAUCCAUCACUAGCUCUGUCAACCUAAGCCCUUUGAAGGAGAAAAAUAUUAAGAAUCCCUUAGAGCUGUUACUGAAUUUACCAGUAAAGGCCAGUUAUGAGAGGAAGGAGAAGGCUUUUGUGAAGGUACUUUAUGACUAAUAAUUCAUACUAAUAUCCCUAUCCGAGUCUGCUAUUAACUUUCCAAGGCUCCGGCCGGAGCCUUGGAAGCUUUUAAUAACUCUAUUUGGAUUUUUUAUGAAAUUUUGUUAUACUUUCCUUCAAAAUUUCUGACCAUCUGGACUUACUAAACUAGUAAAAAUCCGAAUAAUUAGUUUCGUUGAGAGGUUUUAGGGAAAUAAUCUCGUUGAGUAAGUAAAAUUUUGUUAAGAAAAUACUCCAGAACUCGAACUGAGUGAAGAUAUCCGUUGCCAGCAGCGAUCUUUACUAAAAGAUCUUAGGAAAAAUUUUAAUCUUCUUGGGAACCUACAAUCUAGUUUAUGUUCAUAUUCUUUAUUUUUGAGAGUUAUAGUUUGUACACUCUUUAACAGAUACAGAGCUCUCAUGGGUGACAUCUAGGAUGUCUAAUCCUGAGACUUUAAGCCAAGAUUCUUCGACUGUAUACCCCCUUAUGCUUAUAUCCAAAAAUUAUCAGCUUAGCCAUGAUGUUUAGAGUAACUUUUGGAUUUCUUUCCAAAGAUGAUCAGAGUGAAAUGGGAACAUGCUAAUAUUUUAGUUGUUAUAUUAUAAUUUUACUCAAAUUUCAUAAAAAUGAACAGAAAUAUUCGUUUUUAGAAUACGAAGAAUUCUUCAUAUUUCUGAAUUAGAAGGAUCCGUACUUGAAAAACUUGGUCUGCCUGUUGUCAGAGCAAUGGUAGGCGGAAUUUCAUUGAGUGGUUUAUGAUAUUUUACAGCAAGAUUUGGAAAAGUAUCCGUUAUUAAAUUAUUUCACCUUCAAUGAAAUUUACCCUCUUGUAAUUUGUACGUCCAGAAUUUAGUCGUUAUGGAAUGGAUUAGAUUAAUGAAGAGGCUAAUAGGGUUUGAUAUGGGUCUUAUAAAAUUGAAUUUUCAGAUUUUGUAUCUUUGGGAAAUGAAAGCGAUAUGAGUAAAGAUUCGAAAAUUAAGU